UUGCGUGAAACCCGGGGAGGGCGUGAAUCGUCAUUUUCAGUGGCCCAGUCGAACCCGGGAAAGCACCGCCUGCAGCCGCGAGUACUGUAUUUCCCACCCCCGUCGCUGCAGGUCGGAUUGGGUAGCUUUCACAGGACCUGCGUUACGUUUCAAGAGGUGCGCUUUGUGAGGGGGUUUCUACGUACCUGAGGUAAGGUGAUAUAUGAGGUGAGGAGACCAAGCUGCGAUACAGGAGAUUUGCCCCGCUACACCAAGUCCGUACACGGCGGGGCUCAUUGUCAGAACAGACUCUGGACUUUUGACUACCUUUGGGGGAGUCAGAGGUUCGACUCAACAGCGGAAACAGUCAUUCCACUGACUCAGAGAUCUUGCGCAUUUUUCUUCAAGAAAAGCAUAAACAUAGGAACUGCUCGUCUUCCUUGAAUAAAAGGAAGCCAAAAGGUAAACAAAAGAAUAAAAACCCCAGGAAGAGAAAGACAUAGGGCGAACCACAAAAUGCCCACCCGCGCCGACAUCACCUACUUUGGCGCCGGCCCGGCCGCCCUGCCAACCGACGUGCUCGAGACGGCAGCGCAGGCCCUGCUGGACUACAACGGCACCGGGCUGGGCAUCGCCGAGCACAGCCACCGCUCGGAGCUGGCCACCAACAUCAUCAACGAGGCGAAGGCCGACCUGGCCAACUACCUGGACAUUCCCGCUGCCGACUACGACGUCAUCUUCAUGCAGGCCGGCGGCACCGGCGAGUUCGCCGCCUCCGUCUACAACCUGGUCGGCGCCUGGGUAGCACGCCAGCACGCCGAGGUCCUCAAGGAGCCUUGGGACGGCGCCAACGAGGACGCCGUGGUGGCCGCCCUGCGCCACCGCAUCCAGCGGGACCUCAAGCUCGACUACAUCGUCACGGGCGGCUGGUCGCUCAAGGCCUACCAGGAAGCCGUGCGCCUGCUGGGGCCCGAGUACGUCAACCUGGCCGCCGACGCCCGCACCAACAACGACGGCAAGUUCGGCAAGAUUCCCGACCCGAGCACCUGGAAGCUGAGCAAGGACGCCGCGCUGGUCUACUACUGCGACAACGAGACGGUCGACGGCGUCGAGUUCCCCGAGUUCCCCUCGGUGCUGGCCCCGCGCGAGGACGGGUCCGGCCCCAUCGUCGUAGCCGACAUGUCGAGCAACAUCCUCUCGCGGAGAGUGCCGGUCAGCAACUACUCGCUGCUCUUCUUUGGCGCGCAAAAGAAUCUGGGCUGCACCGGUGUGACCGUGGCCGUGCUUAAGAAGAGCUUCCUGCCGCCGACGACGACGCAGCCGAGCCCGGCACUGCUGAGGAAGCUCGGCCUGCCCAUUCCGCCGAUUAUGCUGCAGUACGAGACGAUCGCCAAGAACAACAGCUUGUACAACACGCUGAGCAUCUUUGACGUGUACAUUGCCGGCCUGGUGCUCAAGAAGCUCCUGAAGACGUUCCCAGACAAGGUGGACGGCCAGCAGGCCGUGGCCGAGAAGAAGGCCAGCAUCAUUUAUGCCGCCCUGGAGGCGUACCCAGAUGUGUACCACAUUGUUCCGGACAAGUCUGUCCGGUCGAGAAUGAACAUUUGCUUCCGCGUGACCAAGAACGGCAACGUCGAUGAGACGGAGAAGGCCUUCCUCAAGGAGGCCACCAGCCUGGGGUUGACAGGCCUCAAAGGGCACCGCAGCGUUGGUGGCAUCCGGGCCAGCAACUACAACUCGAUUCCCUUGGAAGGGGCAGAGAAGCUUGCCAGGUUCAUUGACGCCUUUGCCAAGGCGUAGUAACUGAUGUUUUGAAAAGGCUCAAUGAACCGACGGGGGACGGUAGGCUUGCACGAGAUGGCCCUGAGGCAAGGUGAAGUCUCAAAGGAGGGACAACAUUGGGUUUUCAACAAAGCGGAUUCUCAGAAUAUCAUACUUUCACACAGGAACUCGUUCAACGAUGAAGCUAAAAAUAACAGCACGCCAUUUCCUUUUCCAUUCCCUUGAAUUCGUGAAACAUCACAUCGAUACUCCUCGCCCCUCACUGACCC